CCAAGAUUAAAUUGUACUUAAAACAGCCUCAGGCUGGUAUUACUAUAAGAAAAUGCCCUUGUAUAAUCAAAAUAUUCUGUCUGAAUUAACAUCUAAGCUGUUAUACCAGGCAAGAAAUAAACUAACUAGAUCACUUUCUGCAGGACUGCUUCAGGUAACUGGAGAUACAGUUUAGCCAAAGCUCAAAUGGAGAUCAUAUUAAAGUAAGCUGGUCUUGUAACUUUCCUUUAGUGUGGAAGCAUGCCAAGUGUUACAUGUGAUGCAUUUCUCUAGAUAAGAAUGGAAAGGUAGAUAUCAUGGCCAUUCCUUCAGUUUACACUUCCAGUCGGUGCUGUUGUGAUUUUGCAGAAAGGGAAUGAGAUCUCAACAGCAGUUUGCUGGGACAGAACUGUGAAGCACUUUGGCAUCUAAAUGAUCCUGUGGGCACCUGCUCGUCAAGGCUAGACCCUUGCAGUCCUAACCCUCACUUGAGGAUCUGCACAGCUCGGGUAUUUCUGUGUUUUUCAGGGUUGGUAGAUAUGGUGGAUCUUUGAUUGUGGUUUCUUCUGAGCUGCAACACUGAAAACAAUGGCGAAAGAAUAUAUAAAGAACUGCUGUAAAUGGUGUUUCUAUGCAGAAGAAGAAAAAAACGAUCCAGUUUCCAUCGUACAGGAAUCUGAAGCAAUAGCUGCAAGAAAGCCAACUAUUGUAGAGCAACCUCCAUUGUCUUCUGUGUCAGUAAAGCGGCAAGUUGGCUGUUCAGAGGAUUAUCUUCUUUCUAAACUGCCCCUGGAUGGUCAGGAGGUACCAUUUGUGGUCCCCCCAUUCAAACUGGCUUAUGUACAGCCCAAAAACCUUCCUAGUACCUCACAUGCUGGAGGGAUUCAAGAAUCUGCCAGAGCUUCAUUUGGUGAUCGGAAAGCAGAACUAUGCAGCAUGUACCAAUGGCCCCAGUAUGAUGUAUACAACCCAUUCUAUUUGGAGCAUCAUGUUUCACCAGAUCUGAUUAGGCGUUUCCAAGCAAAAUCAGAUAAUAGGAAAUUAUAUGGAUCAGUUAAUGAUUUAAGAACUAGUGCUUUGCCUGGAUCACUUGAUUUAAGUCAUUCAAUGUUUGAUCUCAGAAGCCCACCUCAUCGAUUCAUGAAGAGAUACGAUUCAUUCUCCAGUGUACCUAGCAGUACCUCCUCCAGGAAAGAAUCACAAGGCAGUAACAGGAGUCUGGAUACUAUUACAUUAUCAGGUGACGAACGAGACUUUGGAAGGCUGAAUGUAAAGUUGUGUUAUGUUUCUUCUGCGGAACAGAUCUGGAUCACAGUUUUACAUUGCAAAGACCUGAGCUGGCCUUCUAGUUGUGGAGAAAAUCCUCUUAUCUAUGUCAAGGGAAUUCUCACACUGCCUAAACCAGUGCAGUUCAAAUCCUCUGCCAAGGAAGGAUGCAAUGACAUUGAAUUUAUGGAAACUUUUGUAUUUGCUAUUAAACUGCAAAGCCUGCAGGCUGUCAGAUUGGUAUUUAAAAUCCAGACACAGGCUCCUAAGAGAAGAACAAUUGGAGAGUGCUCCUUGGCAUUGCGGGAGCUCAGCUCAGAGGAGUCAAGUCAUUGGCUGGAUAUAUCUCCUCCUUCCAAAUCAUCUGUGUGCCGCGCAGAACUUCAAGUAGGAACUUGUUUUCAAGCAAUAAACAGGAGGAUUCAGUUACAGAUUCUUGAAGCACAAAACCUUCCAAUUUCAUCUACACCGCUGUCUUUAUAUUUCUUUGUUAAAGUUGGAAUGUUUAGUACAGAAGGGCUGAUGUAUAAGAAGAAGACACGUCUUGUGAAAUCUACUAACGGCCAAGUGAAGUGGGGAGAAAUGAUGAUUUUUCCAGUUAGUCAAGCUGAACAAGGAAUUAGUUUUCUCAUCAAACUCUACAGCAGAAGCUCAGUGAGAAGAAAACACUUCCUAGGACAGAUCUGGAUAAGUUCUGAUAGCAGUAACAGUGAAGCAGUAGAGCAGUGGGAAGAUACCAUCACUAACCCUGAAAAAGUUGUUGUUAAAUGGUACAGCCUUGGUCCAUCUUGAAGACUGGAGAUGAAACUCGGGACUGAUUUUUCUACAAAGAUAUACUUUUUAAAAUAGUAUAAAUUUAAAGAAAAAUACUGUCUACACAAGUUGUUCAGAAGGACUCCACUGAAUCAACAACUCCACAUUAACUGGAAAAAUUAAAUUUCACAACGAGAAAUACUGGCUAAAUAUUAUUAAGAGGAAGACUUAGAAAAUGGGAAGAGCACUCACUUGAUAUUAAAUAAUCCACCAGGAAAAAUAAAUAUUUGCGCAUUUUAGGCUCUGCAAGAGUAUAGAAACCCAGUCUUGGAGAGAAACAGCUUGAAUCAGCAUCAUCUUUGCUAGUCACAGACUUCAUCCUCAUCUUUAAUCUUGUCUUUGGCAUAGACAAGAUUUUUUCCAUGGGAAUCAGUCCGAUCAGUGGCUUUAUCCUAGGUACCUCUAAGGCUCUGGGGCUGCACCUGUGUUAACACCAUUUGACCAGAGUAAUGUGUGCCUCAGCAAGUGGAAAAGCUGUGGCUGUAGCAGGAGGCAUAAAGGGAGCGAUGCAAUAAUGCAGCACCCAACGGCUUUUCUAAUCUCUGCCUCUGAUGAAGGGUUGCACUGUGUGCCAGUAUCCUGGGUUUUCCCCCAUCCUUCUCACUAGUUUAACCAGAGGGAUUUAAAAACAAGUUUCUGUGACUAACUGUGAUCUUUUCAAGCAAGGCUCUCCAGAUUUGCUUUGUUUGGUGACUGCUGGUUGGAAUGAGUGGAAUAAUGCAAAGAAGUAUCAACUCUGCCUAGGAUCAGGGCCAGGUUUUUUAGAUAAAUUAUUUUUAUUAUAUAUAAUUUAAAUAAGUAAAUGACUUCCAAUCUAAUCAACAAUCUUCUACCAUUUGCUUAGUUUACUAAAAGCCAGACUAACAUACUAAGGAGUAAGCAAAUAUUUACUGAUAUAAGUGCUUUUUUAUGCUAAUUGAAAAGCAGAACAGUAAAGGAAUCCGGUUUUGUUUAAAAGAUGGGCUACUACUGCAUAAGUAUUUCUUACAUGUACAGGAUGCUGAAAAAUUGUGUGGAAGUAUAUAUUUGUUACUAGUUCUCAGCAAGAAGAAAUUACCAUAUUUUUAUUGCAAACGAUAUUUUUCCUAUAAAAAAUCCUAAGAUUAUUUUUCUACUAGUCCCCGUAUUUUCAGUGGUCUAUUCAUAGUUAUUUUUAAGGGGGGAAAAUGCCAUGUAUAUAGUAGAUAAUAUAUACUUCUAAAAGCAAACACCCCUUUGCACUGCAUUAACUACUGGAUUUAACAAAAAUAUAUUCCAUUAGAGCCAUUGCUUACACAUUUAGUGUUGGCUGUCUGAGCUGCUCAAGUAUGUGUUUGUAUAGACACUGAAUAACAGUAUCUUUUUUAUAACUUGGAACCCAUUCAAACAUCUGACACAAGGACUGGAGUGGUGGUGAGAGCACUCACUGCUUGAAGGCAAAGGAACAGUGGGGGGCAGAGAAAACACUGUAACAGGAAAGCAUGUUGUUUUUAAGCAGAACUCAAAGCUUCUUUAUUUUAGCCUUUUUGACUUCAAAUAAAGGCAAAAGGGAAAAAAAAAAAAAAGGAAUCUUCGUUUUUUUCAUCAGUUGUUAAUUGAAGCUUUUUAAACUUAAACCGUCUAGAUUUUUGUUGGUGAAAUUUAAUGUUUUCAAAAUUAUUAAACAAAAGGACUUCUCUAGGCUCUUACAAGCUCAGCUUUUUGACCAGUUUUUAUAAAUGAACUGAAACAGUUUUUGCAUGUUACUUGGAGAAAGACAUUGGUUCUUGACUUGCAAUGCCAGAUUCCAUCCAGCUAUGGUACUUGGGAUGAACCUGGCCUGUUGGGUAAAAUGAAAAAGGGAAUUGGACUAAGCUGAUGUUCUUGGAGUGUCUUCACUUGAAUACGUGGAUCUUUUUUAUUCAUUGUGGCUGAACUGCACUAAACAAAAGUGCAAACUGUUUCCUUAUGCAGAAUGCUGUUCCGUUUGAAAGAGAGGACAGCGAAUAUUCCAGUGUUUUGGAGGAUACAGUCACCACAAAAGUGGCUCUACAGCGAUUGCCAGCUCAGUGGAUAUUGUGUAAAAUGGACUUUGUUGGCUAUUUUUAGGACACAGCCUUAUAAAGGCCUAACUAGUAACGUCUCAUUUUUCCUAUGUUAAUAUUUAAUCUGUGUUUAUAAUAAAAGUUAAGAACACAAA